GCGUGUACCAUAGCCGCCGAGCAGUAUUGCCAUUUAGUUCCCAUACUUUCUGACUGCAACUUGUGUUUUGUUUUAGAACAUACCUACUUAGUUUUAAGCACGGGUUUUUUUUUUUAUUUUUUUUAUUUUUUUUUUAUUUUUUUUAUUUUGGUUGGUUUUUUUUGUUAUCUGUUAAUCAUUUUUUGGCCGCUUUAUUUCAUUACCUGCAUUUAUUAUAAUAUUGAUCAGUGUAAUUUUGAUUCUACAAAUUUAUCUAUUCCCAAUCAACAUUAUAAAUUAUAAAUAUAUAUAUAUAUACACUUAUAUAUAUAUAUAUAUAUAUAUAUACAAAUUAUUUAUUAUUUUAUUAUAUUGUACACAUCAAACCCGUAUGUGUAUACGUUAUAAUAUCCAUUUAUAGGUACGUAUAUAAUAUUAUUUUAUUUAUUUUUAUAUUAUACUUAUACAAUAUUAUUAUUAUUAUUAUGCUAUUUUAAGUUCGUUAUAUUUUUAGUUUUUACGUUAAAACAUUUUGUUAUAUUAUUAUUAUUGUUUAAUUUAUGUUGCACUUUUGUAGACUGUGGGAUUUUUACCGUUUUGAAUAAUCAAAUUAUAAUUUAUUACCUAUAGGUAGGCAUACCCAGAUAUUAUCCUUGUUCUCACUAUACACUGUACACCUAUUAUUUUACACUGCGAUAUAUUACCAAAGGGUAAAUUUUUUUUCGAUUUUAGUUUUCGACCAAAACCAAUACACCAGCAGUAUCUAUAGAAUGUACACAUUAAUCGUAUACUUACUAAUAAACAUAAUAAAAUAAAUGAAGUUAAAGAAAAAUAAAGUAUAUAUAUGUUAAACAUAUAUUUACAGGUUGUCAGUCUAUUUAGUCGUAUCUAAAAACUAUUCAUUUUGUAAGACAAAUAGAUCGAAACCUAAAAUUAUUAAUAAUUUAGCCAUUUAAAACGUUCUCAUCCAACCCGCGGUAGUGCUUAAUAUAUUAUAUUUUUUAAUUUUUAUAUUGAAAUAUAACUAAUUAUCAUACCUAUACCUACACUAUAUUAAUAAUUUGAAAUUAUUACGUAGGCGAAAUUAGCUCAUAUAUUUUUCGGGGUGGGGCUGAAGUAAUGAAGUCUGAUAGACGUCCAUAGAUAUACGUGUAUAAAUACAACAUAUAGUUUGAUAGUUGGACAUUUUUUCGAGAGACAAGAGGGAUUGGGAGGCACGCUUGGAUGAAGGGGGGGGGUUGGUCCAGGGAGCUAUGGUCUCCGAUCCGCCAAAUUCUAGAGGACUCAGUUUUUAUUACAGUAUAUUAUGUGUUUAUUUAUGCAUUUAAUCAUUAACUUGAUAAAAUGAAAGAAAAUAAAUUGAAAUGUUUUGAGAUCAUAAGAAGAAAGAAAUCAGAAGCAGUAUCUAAGGAUUCUAAUGAAAAUAAAUGUUGGAGGAAAUAAGGAGGAGAGAGAACGAAAAAAAGGUGAUUGAAUGCAAUUGCGAAUAUGAGAACGGUGUGUGUAUGCAAGAACGAUGUGGGAGAUAGGGUCAAGUAUAAGUUUAUGACGAGGGUGGCUGGCCCCAAAUAGAAUGAGGGGAUGAAAUCGAGGAAGAAGGAGAAAAAAAAUCAUUACUUUUGUGUUUUUUGUUAUUUUAUUGCUUUUAAUAUUUUUUAUUGGUGACCUUUUAUGGAUGAAAAAACUAUUAGUUCUUUAUAUCAUGUAUUGUUUUAUUAAAACAUAGUAACUAAUGACUGUUUACAAUUUGUUUAUUUUUUUUUUUGAGGAUAUCAUUUAAAAUUUCGACCCUAGAACUUCCAAUUGUGUUAAUUCGAGAUUGAGGAGAGAGUCAGUGCCCCAUUCCACUUUCUCUAAUUGCGUCUAAGUAAUUAUAUAGGUAGUGUUUUAAAUAGUGGUGUAACAAUAUUAUAAUAUUGGUAACUACAUUAAACGAUAAUAAAUUUUUACUUUCUUUUUGAUUUAGUUGUUGACUAUUUAUACUCAUACAUUAAAACAAAUAGGUAGGUUUUAACCACAUUGAUAUACUUAAUUAGAAUUAUUAAAGUUUAAAUCAGCCGCUUCUCUAAGGAAUUUGAGGGGAAUGAUUGUUCCCUCCCCUGUGUGUCAUAUGAUGUUCUAUAUUUAAGUUUAUUGAUGAAAAAUAAUAUUAAUAAUAUAUACCUACUUUAGGUAUAUUCGAAGGAAUUUUAGAUGUUUAAAAAUGUUAUGAUACAAAUUUGAAAACUUUUCCAUACCUUUUCAUUUAUAUGAUUUCGCAACCUAUUUAUUUCUUAAUAGUUUUUAAACCAUCAUAAUAAUAUAACGUAUUACACGUAUAAAUAAUGCUAAAACUAAUUUGCUAGGAUUAGAUAUGAUUGCUAUCACAACUAGGAAUUUCGGGGGAGGGAAAAAAGUUAUUAAUUUUCAAACAAAUUUCUAGAUAGGUUAUUGGGAAAACAAGUUUCUAAAUGAAUGACGUGCAUGAUGUAGGUAACUGUAUGUAUUUAAAAUUACAAAGAAAUGUAUGCAAUUAAAAUAUAGACUAUAACUUACAUUGUUAUACACUAAAUUUCGGGAGAGGAGGUUAUAAUCAUUACCCCUUUUCAAUUUGCAUCGCUAAUGAAAUACCAUUUUUUUUCUUCGGUUUAGGUAAUAUUACACCCAGACAGGAAUCCAGUGUAAAGAUCUGGGGUAAGGAUAGUAAUUGUAGUAUAAAUAACAAUAUAACUAUACUUUUUUCUAAAAGUAUUAACUUAAUUUAAUUAAAUUUUAAAUGAUGAAUCAAAACGUUUUUUUUUUUUUAAAUUGUCACGUUCUAUAGUAUUAUCAGGAUUCCGGUAAAAUUAAAAAAAAAAAAUGGAGACAUUGUAUAUCUGGGGAUAACACAACUCCCUUCACCAACCCCCUUGGAUUAGCCCCUGAUUAUACUAAAACUCACGUGACAUACAAUAUUAUAUAAGUAAAAUAUGGUUUGAAAAGUUCUUGUUUUUAUAUACUAUUUAUAUUAUUCAAAAUUAGUUUAUUAUUGGAUACAAAUUUAAUACAAAUAGUUGUAUUAAAAAUAUGUUCUUAUAAUAUCUAAAUACUCUAAAAAGUUCAAAAAUUGUUAUUAAUUACUUAGAUACAUUGGUCAAAUUGUUUUAGAUUUUGUGCUUGCACAAUAAUUAAAAGUAAUAUGAGUAAUAUUAUAGGUAGGUACAUUAUAAUAUUGCUACAUAAUAUGUUGAUUAUUAGAUAUCAUAAUUAAAAACUAUGGUAUUUAAUUUUCGAAUUUUUUUAAGAAUUUGAGACAAAAUGAAUAUUAUUACUACUUUCAAGAACCAUAGAGAUUAUGGACUAAUAAUUAGUUCUUAAUUACUCCUUAAUUAUUAUAGUACCUAUUUUGUAUAAUAUAUCUUAUAGUACGAAAAAUGACAAAUAUAUUUUAAAGUGAAUCGAUUUGAAAAAAUAAAAUAUCAGCAUCCCAAUUUAUCUGGUAAGAGUAUGUAAAAUCAAUUCCUCCACUAGUCCCACUAUUUAUAACAAUUUCGAAACAAAAUAAAGAUAAAACUUCAAAUAUUAAGUUAAUAGGAAACUUUAUAUACUAUUAUACCUUAAUACCUAUCUUUUAUACAGACGAAACAUUUAAAUUACUUUUAAAUUUAUUGCAAAUGAAAUAUUCAAAAAUAUUCAAAUAUGAACGAGUGUUAAAAAAAGAAAAUACAGUGUUUAUUCGUUUCUCUUUGAAUUAUUUAAAGAAAUAUUAUUAUGCGGGCCAAAAGAAAAAUGUUAAACUAUUGGAAUUUUUUGGUGAUAAAUUUAUUUUUAUGAAUUUCAAAAUAAACAAAGCCCAUGGGUAUUCCUUCAGAAUUUACACUAACUGAUAAACUAUAUUUCAUUUGAAUUAUCUAUGAUUGGACCACGCCUAUACUAUUUCCUUUUUAAAAUAACACAAUCAUUAUGUCUUACAUAAGCAUUUGUAAUACAUCUUGAACAAUGAAUUAUAUUUAAGUAGUAUUUUUUUUAAAUUUUAAAUCAAUGGACAACUUCCAUUACUUAAUAUAAUAAUAUCCACUAAAAAGUAAGUAUAGCUACAGAUAAUGGACAUGAUAUACAACGAAUGGCGGGUAACAGAUUAGGUUAAAACAAAUAAUUUAACUUAUACACAUCUAUAAUAUCAUUCAUUUAUACACAGCUUAGGUCAAGGCGUUUUUUUGUUUUAAACUUUAGACUUAUAAAUUGGCUACAUAGGUUUUUUUUUAUAUUAGGUACUUUGAGAGGACGUUAUACCUGCAUUUUCUAUCUCAGUCCAACUACUAGGUAACAUGCAAAAACAAUGCUUAUGUAGAAUAAGUAAAACUAGCUUAAUUUUGUAGUCCUUAUCUCUGUAAGUACCUAAUAUUUAAUAAUAUGAACACAAAAUAUAUGUGCUUAUUCAUAUUUGACAAUAAAUAAAUUAAAGUUAUUGGGAAUGAAAAAUGCUAUUAAAUUUUUAUAUUUAAUUUGAAACUUGAAUCAAAAUAAACUGAAAGCUAUAUACAGAUUUAAUUUAUAUUCUUACUUGAAAGCAACAAUUUAAUAUAAAAUAUAAUGAUCUUUGAUGACUUCCAGAAUAGAUUUAUAUGCAAGUUCAUGUUUGUAUUAAAAUUUAGAAUAAACGAAUUUGAAUCCAUAAUGAAAUAUGUGCCCAAUUUAAAUCGUGUUUUGUAUUAAAACACAUCGGUUUUAUUUUGUCUAUUAUGAAAUUGUUUGCACAUGUAUAACUUUUUCGUACGAAAUUUUAUUUUAAACUAUUAAAUUAUCACACAGUCUGAUUUAGGCGUAAUAUAAAGUUGAAAAAUUAUAUUUUUAGAAAAAUGUAUUACUCAUAUAUUACAUUUUUUAACAUAUUUAAAAUUAAUUGCAUAAAAAAAAUAAUUAAAAUAGAUAAUAUUUGUAUAGUUUUAUGUGAACUAUAAAUAUAAAGUAAGAGAGAAAAAUAGAUAAAUACAAACUUUGAAUCUUAUCCCCUUUGCAUAUUGCAUUUGAACCCUCUUAUUUGCAUGGUUACAUACUUCGUUCUGGUCACAAUAUGAAAACACAUACAUUCAGAACUUUUUACCGUCUUUUAGUAAUAAAAAAUUAUAAUAUUAUUUUAUUUUCUCACUUCAUUUCUAAAAUUACAAAGAAAAAAAAUUUUCAAAUUUGACAAUGUUGUACAAUCGUUACAAAUUACAAUCAAUUUUUUUUUAUUAACUCACCCAGCAAAAUAUUUUUGGCACAACUUACUACAGUGUUUGCUACGUAAUAUUUCAACGCAUAGUACAAACAAUUAAAAUAGUUAACAAUGUGGCCUACUCAUCAAUGUCCUCAACAACUCUACUAAAACUAAUAAAUUAUACUUAUUUUGAUUUCUUGUCAAUUCAGAAAAAUGUUUUACUUUACUUUUUAUCGUUAUUUUACAAUAUAUAUAUGUAUAUAUUUCCACGAAUAAAUAGUUGACAAUUUCAUUAGAUUUCAUAAUUUCAUAAUAUAAUAUGAAAAGUCCCGAAAAAAUUGAUUAAUAAACACACAACAGUGUGUUAAUCAUCAGAUGAUGCAUAUCCAUGAAUAUAAAAUUUUAUUUUUUUAGAUUUUUUUUAUACUUUUAUUUAUUAUACAUAAAAAGAAUUUUGUUUAUAAAAUAUAUUGAGAUAAAGUGUGAAUAAGUUUUAUUUACGCAACUACUUAGUUUCAGCUUACACUAAUAUCAGGUUGCUGAUAAAUAAUGUUUUAUAGGAAUAUAAUAAUAAUGGAAUAUAGAAUGUUGAAUACUCAAAUUAGUAAAGUAUAAAAAAGUAAAUUAGUAAUUAGUAAAUUAGAAUUUUUAUAAUUUUGUUUUAUGACACACAAAAUAUAUUCCAAAUACAAUCAAAAAUUUUAAUUUUCCCCAAAUUCAACCAUUGGAAUUUCACAAAGUACAGCAAUUAUUAUUUAUAACGAAAUUGUAUUUUCUUAUUAUCCGGAAAAAAUUAAACACUUAAAUAAUAAUGGUUUUGUUAUGUCUUUUAUUUUAAGUUCCUACUUUGACUACAUAAUAUAGAAAUUUAUUAGUAAGUUGCAUGAUGUUUUUUUAUUUCUUCAUAAAUGUUAAUCACAGAUAUAAUGGGGAGCUUUACAGGGACAUUAGAAAUAAUAAUAAUUAUAAAAACCAAACAUUUCACCAAGUUAAUUUUUUAAAUAGAAAUUUUUUGAUAAAAAUACCAAUUAUCAUUUGAAACCUUUUUAAAGAAUCUUUUAAGGUUAUUAUAACUCCAAUGAAUUAAUUGAAUUCAACCAUUAUGUAGGUAUAACUUUUUCCCAUUAAAUUAUUAAACAUUUAUUUUUACUACUCAAAAAGUAUUUUCGGAAGCUUUGUACCUAAAGAUAAUAGCUUUCGUUACAUCUAAACAUAUAUACGGUAGUGUAGGUUACUGAUUUUAAAUAUAAAUAUUCAGUAGGUAUCUACUAUCUUUAUUAAUAUUAGUAUUGGUGCUUUCAUUUCAUUGAAUAUUAAAAGUUUUAUUAAAAGGAAUUGCCCAUAAAUUUUGAUAAAAACAUGAAAUUAAAAAAAAAAAAAUUUGAAAACACUUAUAAAUAAUUAAUUGUGAGUUUCUAAUUAUUUUACGUAAUAAACGCAUCUGUAUGAAAUGUUUGAAGGAUUUGUAUUUAAAAAAUAAUAACUAUAAAACUACUAAUAAAUGCAAUACUUAUAAAAAAAAGGAACAUAUACUAAUACAAAUUUAGUCUUAGAAUAGGUACUAUCUAAAACAUAACGAUGUAAAAAUAGAAGAACAAUAUAGUUUUUAGUAGAAAACUGUUUUGUAAUUUAAGUAGGUCUCUAAAUAUGGUUUAGUUACAACUCGUAACCCAAUCAUAACAUCGCAAAUAUUUGGUUGAAAUUUACAAGGCAAUAGGUAGAUCACAAAUAGAACUAUAAACAAUUCACACUUUUAUUCAAAUGAACAAACUUUUUAGUUAUUAAAUAUAUUUUUAAAUGCAUAAUCUAACCCUAACCUAACCACAUAACAAAAUACCAAAUUAAUAAUCCUGUGGAUAUUAGCCUUUGGCGUCACUUUUCAAGGAGGCACAAAAACCUUUUAAAACAUGGCAAAAUAGUGUUUUUAUUCAGACUUCAGAACCUAAAAUAGUUUAUUUUUUAAUCACAAAUAAGCACGCCCAUUCAAAAUUCCAGUAUGUUAUAAAAAAAAAAAUCAUUCUUAUGAAAGGACGCUAAGGAAUAGUGCCACAAGAUAGAACAAGAUAUGGACAUACUUGUUGGUGGGUGGGCCACCUUUGUAGGUGAGAAGUUAGGUAUGUAGAAGGGAAAUUUAAUGUAUAUCUAAUGUAUAACCAUUAACCAUUGUUUAUGAAAAACCCCCUUUAUUAUGAAAACUCUUGGAAAAAUAAAAAAAAAUGACCUUAAAAGUAGCGUCCCAGUGAGAUUCCCUUAUAAUUUAAAAUCGGAGCAAAAUUGCUCGUAGAAAAAACAGGUAUAAAAAAAUAAAUAAAUAAACAUUAUUGUAAAUCUAAAAAUGGAAAUACGUUUGUGCGUAUGAACAUAAUAUUAUUACACAAUUGUGUGGACUAUCGCACGUUAUAAUUCGUCGGAUAACAAUUAACUUAAUAGUAUUUUUAUCAACAAGUGGAUAUGGGUAUUAAAAGGUGGAUAUUUAUGGAAAAGAAAUUCCUUGUCAUUUGAUGUGCUCUGCUACUGAUUAAAUAUCAUAAUAGAUUAUAAACCACAGUAAAAUUCACAUUUGUUAAAACUUCAAAAAGUUGUAGAAAAUAAAAGACCACACCUUAACAAAAAUCUCAAAAAUUUUUCUAAAAAUCUAUUUUAAAAAAUUGCUAUUUUAAAUCUUUUAAAAAAAAUUUUAGUAAAAUUUUAAAUUGUUUAUUUUAAGAUCCCCUACCUAAAAGUUUAUUUAAAAAAAUAUAUUAACUGUAGCGCAGAGGCAUACUAAUUAAUAAAAAAAUAUAUUUUAAAUAUAUUUAAUAGGACAAAAGUUAUUUCAAGUGAUAAAUCAUCGUGGGACACUCUAUGUAGGUAUUAUAUAUUAUAUUUUUUGUCCAACGAUAUAAUACGCUUAUCACGCGAUAUUACAUUACGUAAAACAAAAGUAAAUGCGGUCCGCCGUAUGAUGAAUUUGCUACUGUUGUAGGCACGUGCUCGUAUGUAAAAAGCACAAUGGACAUGACGUUAUAUAUACAUAUAUUAUUAUAAUACACCCCCUUUUUUUGCUAUUUAUCGAACCGACACGGAUGCCGGGACGCCCUCCGUUGUUCUCGGUUUCCGCUGUGGAAAGGGUGACCAAUAGGAUAUAAUAUAUAUAUAUAUAUGUAGAGAGAGAGAGAGAGAGAGAGCAAGAGAGAGUGAGAGCGGAGUGUCGGAAAUCUGCACAAAAAAAAAACUUUUCGCGGCCGGUCGGGGAACGAACAAUUGGAAAAAAAAAUCAAUAACUUCGCGGCCCGGCGGCAACUGCGGUGGCGGCGUUAAUGUAUAAUAUAAUAUACAGGGUGUUUCUGAAAUGAAUGAGGAAACUAUAAUUUAUUAUACAGGGUUUCCGAUAAAGAUAUUCCCAUUUUAUAUAAUUAUAUAUCCAUAGCCAUCUUACUCUGAGGGGUGUUAGAACGAUGAUUAUGAUUUUAGACUUUUUUUCCAUCUCUACCAAACCUGCGCUUUUUACCAAUUUCGUUCUAUAUAUUAUUAUCUAAAAAUAAAUACUCAAAUGAUAUUUCAUGUAAUGUCCUCGUACAAAUCAAUGUAUCUAUCUUAUCGGGUCACUUUUAUUUUAUUUUAUUGUUUAGAAAAAAAAUUUAAAAAUAUCGAACAGAACACAAAUUAUUAUAUUUGUCCGAUUUCAGUUUAUAGUUAUGGUGGCGUGAAGUUUAUUUGCUAUGAAUCAGUUGCAAUAAAAUAGCAAAAAAACCUGUUAAUAACCGAAGGCCAGAAUAAUCGACAGCUAUAACUAUGAUUAAUAUAGACGUUUUUGUAGUUCAUCACCUGUUUUGUUAACAUAUCUUUAAUAAUAAAGUUUCACACAUACACACUCCCACUCAUUUGUUCAUGAAGCAGCUUCUUUAAAGUAAACCUAUUAAUGCCGUUAAUAUCUCCGUAAAACAACCUAUAUUCCUAUCACAAAAUACUAUAAAUUAUACUUCACUCGUCAAAUAAUGCGUAAAUACGUACUUAUUAUAUAUACUAUAUACUUACUAUAUAAUUACGCGCUUCGAACUAGAUUCCCUCCCUGAUGUUGAAUUGGAAACCAUGUGGUAGGGUGUAAAAGAGGUCUAAUAGAAAAUAAUUUAUAAUGUUUUAUUAUUAUCAUAUUUAUUUGCUUAUCACAGCUGGUGAGAAAUUCCAAACCGGUAUUUACAUAUAUAUUGUACGUGUAUAUAUAUAUAUACACGACCAUUACCAAUUUUAUUUUUUUAACUUUUUAAUAUAGUUGUACAAGAUAUAUAGAUAUAUUUCUCAUCUAUAUCUGGGAAAUAGAAUUUGCAGACAAAUUCUUUAAACUUUAUAUGAUAAUUUAUUUGUGAUAAUAUUAUUAUCCCAAAAUUAUAAAUUGAUAAAAUAAUAUGUUUUUGAUUGGAAAUUGGAAAAAAUGGCAAAAAUAUCAAUAUUUUGACAUCUUUACUUUGGCUGCACCUACAUAUUUACUAACUAUUUUCUUCGUUAAUUUUAGAAACACCCUGUAUAUAGUACAUGCUGUUUUCCCCCUCGUAACGACGCAUGACGACGCGUAUAUGCUUUCAGUAGAUGGUACUGGGUAAAAUAGGUAUAGUAGUAUAGCAUAAAAUAAUAAUAAUAAUAUACAGUAGCCAAAAAUGUUUUCCGUGUUAAUAAUUAUGCCGACACACUGUAUAGGUACCUAUAUUACCUAUAUACGUUUCACAGGGUUGCUAUAAUAUAAUUUUAUGAGUAUCUCGAUUAUACCCAGCUAUAAUAAUAUUAUUAUACUCUGAACACGGUAUAUUACAAUCACUAUCUAACUAUUAUAUCCGCGUUACAGUCACUAUACAGUUUCAUUAUUUCCUGCAGUAAAAAUAACAUACAACUUUUUAGUUUUUAAAAUAAUUUGUUACUAUAUCUAUACCCUAUACGUGUAGAUGAAGGCUAUUUAUUUAAAAUACAUAGAUAUUUGAUAAUACAAUAUGAAUAUAGUAUAUAAGUAAUACGUGUUUCAUUCAAAUGGCAAUAAGAAAUAUUUUAGCCAGAUAGACUUUGGUCAAAAUGAGUAUUUUUUUUUUUAGGAAGGUGUUGGGAGCCAGGUGGUAUCAAAAUGUACAUUUUGACUCGAUACUAAAAUCUUUUAUUAUGAUCUUUAAUCUGAUUUUAUCAAAUUAUCUGAUAAAAUCAUAUAAUCUUACACAAACAUAGCUAAACAAGAACGUUUUACCCGAAAAAAUUCGUAAUUAUUAAUCAACUUUAGAUGCUUGAAACAAGUUAGAAAACCUAUUCUGUGAACAUAUAAAGUUCUCGUUUCUCAACAUAUUUUAAACAAAAAACUAUAUAAUUUUUAUAUUUAACCUAAUAUAAUCUAUAGUCUAUAUUAUAUCCUAAUAUAUUAUGCUCAUGUAUAGAAACCUGACAUUUAAGUAUGGAUUAUUAUUAUUAUUAUUAAUAUUUAUUAAUUCAGCAAUUAAUUUUAUUAUAAUUAAUUAUCAAACUUGAGCAACGCCGCCGAGUAAUGACAAUUAAUGUAUUAUAAUACUUCUUUAAUAUAUUCUAAACUCUCGUUAGUUACAUUUUUAAAAUCGUCAAAAUGGGUUAUUAAAAAAAUUUAAAAAACCUAUAAUUUUAUACUCGUUAUCAGUUCUGUGAUCAAAUAAGGGGUCUGGAACACCUGCCCUUCUUAAUACGUCGGUUUUUAUACACGCUGAGUCAUGAACAUAUAGUGUUGCUAAAUAAUAAUUGAAAUGUCCACCUCACAUAUUUCAAUAACAUAUCAUAACUAACCAAACUAACUGAAAAAGUAAAAAACAUGUUUAUUAGGUACAUAGUAAACAUUAAACCGAAAUAGUUAGAUAAUAGUAUAUACUUCUAUAAAUAAUAAUAUGGUAUUUUAUUUCUCUGUACGUUUAACUCGAAAUAAUGAAUGUAAAAGAAAAUCCAAUAAACAAAUGAGCUGAUAAUAGGGUCGGAUGCACCACUGUUGUACAUGGGAAAUUAAGAAUAUAUAGGAUACAUAUAAAUAAUCUGUACGCAACGAUAAAUCUUUGCUAACUAAAAACAAUUCGAAUCGGAGUUUGGUGUAAGACAUAUUCUGAAAUGCCGUAUUUUUUACGAUUUUCAAAAAAAAAUAAUCUUAAAACGUUUAUGAAGAAAAAGGAAAAUGCAUUAAACUCAAAUUUGUUUUUGAGACCACUAGACAUACCUUAUAAUGUACAUUGUGUUAAACUUUCAAGCAUUUAGCUUAAGUCGUAUAAUUUUAAUAACAGAUACUUACCAAAUAAAAAUAAAUAAAAAAACAUAAAAUACCACGUGCCUAUAAAUAGCCUAAAAAUAGAUAGAUUAUUUUGACAAUUUAACCACGUAUAAAAGGCCAAUAUAAGUAUUUUUUGUGAAAACAACUAGUCUCUACAAUAAUUUUGAAUCAAAUAACAACAAAAAAACCAAAUUCUAUACAUUUUGCCAUAGGUAUUUACUACAUUUUUAUUCUGGUUUUUUGUAAUUAUUAGGAAAAUUAUACGAAAAAUCAAAUAACUUCCUUACUCAGAAACUAGACAAUUUUUCUUUCAACAAUUUGGACAACGAUUUUUGGUAGAAAAGUUGUUCACAAACAUAAAAAGAAUUUAAAAAAUGAGCUGAUAAUGGGGACAGAUGUGACCAAUGUAGUAGGUGAGUAGGAAGGUAGGAUACAUAGGUAUUUAAUUUAUAUCAGUAACUAACGAUAAACCAUUGUUAACCAAAAAUUAUUCGGAAUAAUGUGCGUUUAUAAAUGCCGUAAUAUUUAUGAUUUUCGUAAAAAUUUGAUUUUAAAAUAUUUAUAAAAAAAAUAAUUAUUUACUACAUUUAAUUAUUUUUACCACCAAUACGACUUACAAUGAACCUCCUGUCAAAUUUAAAAGUAUUUCUGUCUGGUCUAACAAUUAUAUCCACAGAGUCUACCGAAUAAAAAUACUUAAAAAACUCGCAAAAUUAAAAUGUCUACAAAUAGCUCAAAAAAAGCUAAAAUAUUUUGAAAAUUUUGCAACGUCUAAAAAAUCAAAUAUAAGCUUAUUUUUCAAAUUUCAAGUUUACACAAAUAUUUUUAUAAUACUACGACUAGAAAAGGCAAAUAUAAAUUUUGUGUCAACAUUUUAAUGCUCUACGAAUUUUUUUGAACUGAAUUACGGUAAAAAAACAAAAUUGAAAAUAAUAAAAGGAUUAUUACAUAUGGUAUAUUUUCCCAUUGAUUCUAGGUCUUUUCGGAUUUGUUUAAUUAUUAAAAAAACUACUUGGAAAAUCACAAAACGACUUUCUUCUUAAGUAUCUAGAUUUAAAAUUCAAAAAAAAGAUCACUAGGCAUUUUUUGAUAAAAGCAAUAUUUCUGGUAAAAAAUAUAGUUUACAAAAAUUAAAACAGUGCAAUCGUUAACGCUGUUGCGUGUCAUAAAUAUGUACCGCUUUUCCCGGUUUUUCACAAUUAUUAUGAAAAAUCCUCGGGAAAUAAAAAAAAACCAAUGAACUAAUUAGAUAAAAUUUCGUUUUAGAAAAAGGUGCUACACUUAAAACAUCGGGGCAAGAUUUUUUGUAGAAAAGUUGUUCACAGACAAAAAAAAUAAUAAUCAUCAUUGUAAAACCAAACCUCGUUACGUUCCGAAUCUAAAAGAGUUGAUACUGCUGACAGGUUUGCCACUCUAAUAAGAAAUUAAGAAAGUAGGAUUUAUUGGAUUUUUAAUUUAUAUCUGCACUCAACAAUAAAUUAUUACUAAGAAAAAACGUUUAUUAACUUCUGAAUGAAGCUCGGUUAAAUAUGUUUUGAAACGCUAUGAUUUUUACGGUUUUAGUCCAAAUUUUAACUAAUACGUUUAUAAAAAAAAUUUUACCUUACGCUAAACUUUUUUAUUUUUAUCAUUAAAUUCAAUUAAUGAUAAACCUCUGUGUUCAAGUUUCAACCAAUUUUACUCAGCCAAAACAGUCUCUUCCACAUGAAUCGAAAAAAUAAUACUUUGAAAUGAAAUAUUUAAUUUAAACACGAAACUCUUAAAAAUCUUUUAAAUCAAUAAGUAUUCAACACUUUAAAAGUUCAACUAAAUAUUAUUAAGAGAGAGGCAUAUUAUUUUUAUACUACUAGUCUAAUAUAUUUCUCUAUAGUAUCAUUUAGAUACAAUACAUUUGUUUAGUAUAUGAUUGAAUUUUUGAUCUGUAAAAUCUUUUGUGAUCAGUUGACCACAUUUUUAAGAUUUUAAGAAAAUUGUAUGUAAAUUCAGUCAAUCUUUUUUUUUAAAUUUAUGUUCCCGUGAUUUACUUCAAUAGUGAAAAUGUAUUACAAAUAUUUAAAAUCAUCAAACAUUAAUAAUAAUGAUCAUAUUAUAUAGUAAAUUAAUACAUUUUAUUUUUUGAAUAGUGUAUGUUACGAAACGUCGACAGUCAAAAUAUUAACAGGUUAAAAUACCGACAGUCGAAAUAUCGACAGAUUAAUAAUAUCAACUGUUGUAUCGAAAUAUCGACCGUGGAAACAUUUUAAUUUUAAUUUCUUUUUAUAUAAUCCUUUAUUAAUAAUAUUUUAACACAAUAAAAACUCUAGCAUAAUUUUUCAAAAAAAAGUAAAUAACCCAGGUACUAAGAUCUUAAUAUUAAAAUAAUAUUAAUAUGUUUUUUUUUUUUUUUAAAUACUUUUCGGUUGGACAAAUGCUCCAAUAUUUCCAAUGUAAUUUUACACUCGAUGAUACUUUAUUUUAAGCAAAUUUUUAGAACCCCAAGGGUUAUUCUAUAAAAUUAAAAAAAACUAACAAAUAUCUUUGUUUUUAUUUUUAUUAGUUUUUGGGUUGAGUUAGUUGGGUUAUAUUAACCUAUGGUUAAAAAAAAAACACGAAUAAAUACUUCUAAUUCUACUCCGUACAAAAUAUUAUUUCGUUUGCAUUAAUUUUUCGUUGGACACAGUAUAUAAACUAAAUAAUCCUGUGUACUCUAACAUCCCAAAUACCCAACCUGGUUCAGUGAUAUCCUAACAGUGUAUAUUCUAUCCAUGAGUAGUAUCGAAUUUUUAUGUUUUAUAAAACAUUUUUCGUUAAUAUUAUAAGAACUUACCUCAAAUUCCUCCAAACAGGAGGAUUAUAAUAUAUUAAUAUGAUAUUUUAUCUGUACCAGACAAAUUAUAGAAGUUGUAGGCCUUUGGGAAAGGAUGGGAGGUAUGGAUAAUCCUAAAAACCUCUUGUAAUUACUCAACUAAUUUAGGUGCCUUUUUAAGUGGAUACUGUAAUCGCUCCAUAAGAGUAGCCAGGAAUAACAUUUAUACAUUUGGAUAAAAUUGUACGAGGACCGAUGUAAAGUAAUAAUUGUACUUCGAUUUAUGUUGAGGUACUUUUUAUACAUAUAAAUAAUUCACUAAAAUGGGUAUAGAACAUUCGAACAAACAAGGUAUUUUUAAAUACCUAGUCCACGUGUAUGAAUAAUAUUCUAUUUAAACAUUUAUUUUUAUUAUUUUUUUUUUUUACGAACAAAAUAUUCGAAUAAAUAAAUCAAUGUAACCUAUUUACAAUAAUUAUUAUAGUAAUAAUUCAUAUUAAAUUCGUUCAGAACCAAAAUAAUAGGAUACAAAUUAAAUUCAAAACGCGUAAUUAAAAAAAGUCAACUCAUUGUAUCAGUUGAAAAAAAAAUCAUUCUGAUUAAUUAUUAAGAGGUAAAAAAAAAACUUUAAUUAAUAUUCAAUUAUAUAGUUAACUUAUUUUCUUGAUAAAUUGUAAAUGCAUAUUAUCAUAAUACUAUACUAUAUAAAUAGCUAGUUAUAAAAAAAUCAUCUUAUUCAUUUUUAUGUCAAUUGUGUUUCAAAUUAUAAUAUCUGUGAACCUUGUUAGGUAUCAUUUAUUUUAUAGGUUAUAUUUAUAAUAUUUUGUCAGGAACAUAUAUUUUUUAUGAUAGCUAUAUUUUAUUGUCUGUUUCGUUAGUAUUUUCUUACAAAUGUUUUCUUUUUUUGUAUUUAUUUAUCCAUAUUCGGCACGAACGAUGUUCCUUCCAAAUUUGGCGUCCUUUAAAUCUAAUGUUUUCUUUCAUCUUCUUUCUUCCACAGUUGCACCAAAUUAAAUCAAUUUUUGCCUUCAUGUUUUCCAUUAUACAAAAACUAGAUAUCUAGACUUUAGAUCGGGACGUGGUCAAGUCGUAUAGUAUUGUAGGGCUAGUAGGUGUACAUAUGGGUUUAAGUGGGUGGGAAAACGUUUACUUAGUCAUCCUACCUUUGACUGUACAUACCUGUUUUCCAUAACUUUUAAAAUGUAUUGGGUUUGGGAACUGUAUUAUUGAGCACUCAAAAUAAAAUAGUGAUCAAAAUAUCUACGCUUUGCUAUGUUGUAUCAUUUUAAGCUCUCAUGUCAGAAAGAGGUACCUAAAUUUGUUUUUUUAUUUUGUCUACAACAAUUUGUGUCAGGGUAAAAAAUCGCUUUUAAAAAUCUUAAAAUGUUGUUUCAAUUUAAUAGGUACCUACUUAAUAUAAUACGAAAUAUCGUCAACAUGAACCCAAGAAAUUCACCCAUUUCGGAUAAAAUAAACCAAUUACUCAUAAUAUAGUCAUAUGUUAUUCGGCUUUUUCCGUACGUACACAAAGCACCUAUAUAAUAUAUAUAUAUGUAUAUAUAUAUGUAUACAGAGUGUCCCACGAAGAUAUACCAAUUGUAAUAUUUCAGGAGAUAAUAAAGAUAAUCAAAUUCUGUUUUUUAUAUUUUCAGGAAUAAAGAGUACGAAUAUUUAUAUUGUGAAUAAUUUUUUGUUAUUAUAAAAAAACUUUUAAAAAAAUAACUUUUAUUUUAUUGUUUUUGGAAAGUUUGAAGAUGGCUUAUUUUAUAGAGUUUAUUCUUUUGAAAAUAUUGACGCUUAUACUUUUUACUUUCAUUAAAUUCGUGAUUUUUAAUAAUUUUUAAAGUUCAGAGAAAAGAAGUGUACGAUCAAUUAGUCGUAAUAAUAAUAAUAAUCAAUUAGACAAUACUAUUAUAGUCUGCUGCAUAAUUAUAUGUACCUUUCUCUGAGCUUAAAAAUUAUAAAAAUUAUUAACUAUCGCAAAUUUAAUGAAAAUAAAAAGUUGAUAGAUACGUCAAAAUUUUCAAAAGGAAAUAUUUUCUAUAAAAUGGCUCUCUUCAAAUUUUUAAAAACUAAUAAAGUAAAGUUAUUUUUUAAUUUUUUUACCAAAAAAAAAAAAUUUAUAGUGAUCAUUCCAGUGAGUAUUAUAAAAAAAAAUAGAAUUUGAUUAUCUUGAUUAUCUCCGGAGAUAUUACAAUAUGUAAGAUAUCUUCGUGGGACACUCUGUAUAUAUAAAAAAGGCAGUCGGAUUUAGGUUUCUGGUCCAUUCGUGCUACCGUAUUCACAGUGGAGGUCUCGGCCGACGUUGACUGUCAUUCUCAAGAGGGGAGAAAAUUUACUAAAAAUAUGUUGCUUUUUUUUUUCAUUCGCUCGGACGGUUUCUGAAAAUCUAUAAAUUUAUUGAGACUGCUACUGCGCCGGUCGAACGAUGUAUUAUUUUAGGCGAUCCCUUCUUUCCGAAAACCGCUAUACUAUACCUAUACAAUACGAUACAGGAUGCCGCUAAUUUUAUUUCUUACCUACCGGCACAGCGUAAAACACACAAAACCGAUCGCGCGUGCUCUAGACGAAUAAUGUUUAAUAAUAGAUUAAAAGCAGUGGCAUAGUUUCAUGAUUGUGUUCUGAGGGGAGGGGGCAUAGUCAAUUAGGUACCUAAACUUCGUGGAAUCCUAACUUUUAGCUUCAAAUCCAAUCACGACCAAUUUAUUUGUCACAAUUUUAAUAUUAAUUUAUUUGAUUAAAAAGAAAAUAUUUUGAAAUCUUGCAAAGAUAUUUCGGUUUUAAAAAUCCUAUUACUUACGAUGAUACCUAACGGAUGAGUUAUAACAAUUACAACUGUAAGCAGUCCACGACUGGACUAUAAAAAAAGGUUGGGUAAAUACCAAAGUACCUCUGUGAGUUGCACUUUUUACCUACUGUUCAAUAUAUUGAUGCACAAAUGAUGUAAGACAUUUUGACGCAAUAAACAGAUGAUGCGCAAACGAUGGCUGCCAGCGAAUAAACUAGCCUCGCGGUCGUUUACUCGGCCGGUAGGUACUAGUACCUGCAUAAUAGUGAUAAAUAUUGGUUAUAAUACCUAUUGUUAUACAAUUAGGUAGGUAAAAUAAUUAUAAAAAUCAUAUAAUACAAUACAAAUAAAUAUAAAUACGCCUGACGGCAUAUAUUUGUAGAUUCAUCCAAGGUCGGAUUAUGGUCAUAAAUGGAAGGAGGAUUUUACUUUUGGUGAGACCCGUUUAUCCAAAACAAUUAUUUUUUCUUUAAAUUUAGAUUUCAUUAAUGGCGUGGCGAAGAGAAUAAUCGAGAGGCGGCCGCAAUCUGACUUUUUAUUAAGAUACCUACGUAUAUGCCUACUAAUAUGACAACUUUUAAGAAAGUGAGGAAAGGAUUUAUUAAUUCCACCGUUUUAAUAUCAAUUCUGCCAGCUAUCGAUUUCGUCAGACAUUUAUACAUAUUCCUUACGUCGGCUAUCAUCGACUCCGAUUAUACAAUUAAUAUAAGUAGAAUAAACAGGUUAGAAACCUUGAACACUGAAUUUUGUUGAAUAAAUUAGAGAAGAAACCUACUCACUAACUGAUCCACUAAGGAAGGAUUUUUGAAAAUUCCACCCAUAAAAUAGGUUAAGUAGAGAGUGAAUGUCAAAAUAUUUUGAGGACGGGAGACUCUAAAUUGGAUCAAAAUGUACAAUGUAUAAUGUGUACACAUACCAAACUGCAGAGACAUAUAAAAAUGGACAAAAUCGCAAGUAGUCCAUAUAUUAUUAAAAAUAUAUAUAAUUAUUCCAUUAGUGAUCGCGUAUUAUAUCAUUAAUACUUCGGUUCCAUAUUAUUGUAAUUUGUAUAAUAAAAUAAAAGAUUAAUCGAAAAACCAAAAAUCAGAAUAGAACUACAAGUUUACAUUGACUACAUUUUCUAAUAUGGUCUCGUGUUAUUAGUAACGGUUGUAAUCUUUUGUGCGUUUUAUGUUAUACCUACUGUGUAAAAACGAAUUUUGAAAUAUUGUUAAUGAACGAUUUGUACCUACAACCAAUUUAAAAAAAAAAAUAAUUUGAAUCAACAUGAAAAAAAGUUCGAUGGAAUCGAUAGCCAGCACAAUCGAUACAUUUUUACAGGUAAAAAGAUUAUUUAGGCGGAAUAAAUUUACGUCCUUUGAUAAAAACUCGGUGUUAAAUCUUCAUGUAGAUAUAUAGCCAAUAGCCAAUAGGAGUUAUGAGUUUAUCGGUAGGCACGUGGACGCUAGAAACAAAUUCUCACCUCUGAAAAUAUUUAAGUUUCCACGCCACUUUCUCAAGCAACAUUCUCCGAUUUUUAUGUUUACCAAUUUUUCAGAAAGCUUAAGUUGUGUAAAUUGUACUAUAGAGAAGUCAUUUUUUUUGAUUUUCGACGGUAUUUUUCGAAUAAAAGUACUUAAGUGGGAAAAAUCGUAGAAAAACCUACAAUUUCACGAUUUCAUUAUUUUAUAAAAAUAAGAACAACGUUUCUAUCAGGAAAACAAUUUAAUCGAGAAACCAUAAGAUAUUUUUGUUGUUGCCUUUUUGGUUAACUUUCUUACGGUAUCAUUGCCAAAACUUUUGAACCACUUUUGAGUUUUUAAAGAAUUUUAAUUUUUGGUAGUUUUUUUUUGGCUGUAAUUCGAUUAUAAAUAUAAGUAAAGACUUGAAAUUUGGUAAUAAUACUUAUAUUGGACUUAACUAGACGUGGUAAAAUUUCCAAAAUCAUCGGACGACUCUUUUUUUUAAUAAGCGUUUUGAAACCAAAUUUAAACAAAAAUUGCAAAAAAAUAUUAGGGCACUCAAGUUAUGUAUUACCAAUCUGUGUUCGGAAUCAUUUUUCGUCAAGUAAUGGUUUAUCGUUGCUUACAGGUAUAAAUGAAAUAAACUCAUGUAUCCUACUUUCCCAACUACCUACAAUAGUGGUCACUCCUAUCCUCAAAAUCAGCUCUUUUUUUUUUUAUUCAGUCGCGUAUUACAUUUUGACUGUGAUAUACCUGGUGAUGAAUUUUUAAUUCGAAACCGGUCAUAUAAUACACUUAUCAUAAUACUCCAGGCGAAACAUUGAUUCAUUUAUUUUAUUUUUAUGCAUACAUUUUUUAUUUAUAUAUUUAUUUUCAAUAUUGAAAAUAAAUAUAUUUAUUUAAUAUUACGACUUUUUUUCUGUGGACAAUUUUUCAACCAGCAAUUUUGAUAUAACUCACAAUGAUAGCAAUUUUUUUAAAAAUAAAUUUCACUGGGAAGGUGUUUUAGAGAAGUAAUUUUUCGGUUUUCACUGGAGUUUAUCCUACAAAAUCGGAAAAAUCGUAGGAAAACCGAGAAAAUCAGCAAGACACUAAAUAAACAUUAUUAAAGAAAAUAUAUAAAGCCUAUUUAAUUAGUUUACUAUAUUAUAGUAUAUAUAUUGUUGAAAAAGCAUCACAAUCACCUGAACUCCGCUUAGAAUAGUUUUUUUGUAAGCAACGGUUUAUCGUCCCUAUUUUUUUAUUCUGUUAGCAAUUUAACAAUGAUAAUAAAAAAAUGUGUUAAUUCUUAAUUUAUCUUUACCUUUUAAACUUUUAUGGCCUAUAGUACUGUUUGAAUAUGUUUGGAUAAUUUUACAUUUGUUUUUUCCUUUAUCAAACCAUUCUAUGGGUACUAACUGAGAGGCUCAACAUUUUUGCUUUAUCUUCAAUUACUGAAUUACAUCAAAAUUGUUUCGAUGUUCUACAACCAAUAUUAUCAAUGAUUGUAGUAAAUACUAUUACCAGUAGCUAUUUGAUACCAUCGGCCAGUCUUCAAACAAUUAUACAAUUAUAGGUGGUUUCUAAUAUAAGUGGUACCAUUAAAUAACAAGACAUAUGUAACAAAUUAAUGUAAAGAUUUAUUUCAAUAAAAAAAAAAAAACGAGACCGCACAUUGUUACCCCCUUUAACUUUCGCUACACUCCCCCUUAAUCCAGCCUAGGGUUCACCGAUUUGAGUAUUUAGGACAUAGUCUCCAGAUAACAGUGAAAUUCAAUAAUAUGCUUAAAAGAAAUCUGCAUUUUUUUCAUUUCCUUCCAAAAUUAAAAACAAUUUUAAUUUUCCCAUUUCAAAAUCGCCAUUGUAUAGAACCGAUUUUUAACUUGGUUGAGACUCGAAAGCAUAUAAUAUCCAGAAUUUACUCGCUUCAGUGGCGUAUAUAAAAGAGGGGUACACCACAGUAUGCCACAGCUUCCUCUCAAAAAAUGUCUUUUUCGACAGAAAGAUAAAAAGCAAAACUUAUAAAGCAUCACAUAUCUAUUCUGUCACCCAGCCAAUAAUGUAAACACAAUUAAAUAUAUUUUAUUAUGUUUUUAUUUUGAAAUUAUCUUUUAUCAUAAUAAUAAUAACUAUAUUAUCAUUAGUUUUCUUUUUAGAUAAGUUUUUUCAGUGAAAUAUAUCGACGACAAUCCCUUACCACUCACUAGUCCCCAUAAACAGUGCCAACAAACGGCACCAUCUCACCAUUUCGUGUAAGUGCUUCACUUUGUACUUAAAGUGAUUGCAAUGAUUGGUUAGGGUUUAGGUACCUACCUAUCCUCUUAAAUAAAUUACCCGUACUUAAUAUUUACUGGAAUUCUAAAUAAUAAAUUUGAUUUAACUUAUUUUACUUAUACGAUUAUAUUACUCAAAUAAAACUUUGUUUUACCAGACGAAUCUUGAUCCCGGCCCAAUCAUCUCGCCCUCCACCGAACGUUUUAGAACCAUUGUCCAUUACAGUCCACCUUGAAGAUAUUUUUUAUGUAUGCCACUGAUUCGCUCUACUGACAAAAUAGAAAUAGUACGUUUUAAAUUGAAGGACCUUCUCAAUUCCAAUAUAAUUGUAUGCAGAUUUAUGCCCACACUCGUAUAGUGAACGUCAGUGGCGUAUUUAGAGUGCCAGGGAAGGUAAUUUUCCAACACCUUUUUUGAGGGCAUCAAAUUUUAAUGGGAGCUUAUUUUUCUUAGUUUUAAAAACAAAUUUACAAUGAUUUAGGCAAAUCAAUGUCAACAAAACGUUCCAUCAAUAUAGCUAUUCUGUACAAUCAAAUGGCCUCAUCUGAUAAUACGUGUCUAUAGGUUUGUCGAAUAUCUAAACUAAAUAUUGUGGGACAUGUGGGUAAUGAUGUUAGUAAAAUGUAUCUGUUGUGUCAACUACAUAGUGUGAUACUAAAUUACUGGAAGUUAAUUUUGUAUUUUCUUUGCAUAUUGUUGAACUAUGAAAAGGACAUUAUUUUUAUUAAACGUUGUGUUAAAAUCAUACAGUUUUCAAAAUAGUGUAAUUGUAAACGUUUUAAUCGACUGCUUUGAUUACGGUUGCUAUUGAGAUAAUCUAUAAUAUUCAAAAUUCUGGAGCGCUUGAUAUAUUUUUAUACAGUAUGUCUGUAUGAUACUGUUACUAUACCACAUGACGUGUUGUUAGUUUUUUUAUAGGUGAGAAAAAUUACCACUACCUAUAAAAAAAACCGGUGGGGUUGGGGGGCGUUUAAAAAAAUGUGUAUCUAGGCCAGAAAAAUCCUUAAUAAGUACGCCACCGAGGAACGUAUUAGUUUGAUGAAUAAUUUAUUAUAUCAGUUUACGGAAUACCACUGGCGACCAUGUCCCGUAUCGGUGAGCCGGCAGAAAUAUGUCGGUGGCGAACCACGAUCGCUCUCGAUUCCACGUCGUGUCUCGGGCUAAGUUGACGUCCCGAUGGUUCAGCAUGGGCGGGUGAGAGGCGGCGCAAGGUCGGUAACCGCCGAUAAUAUUUUGCUACCGAAAGGAAUUUCGUAAAACUUUUCACCGGCGCGGCGUCGUCGUCGGUGGGCGGCGGCCCAGGGAUUUUCGAGUCGGUGCGCGCGCACGUGCGUACGUACACAUGACAACGCCUGAUCGUUUCGGUCGCGUGCCGUGUAUCGAAAUACUUACGGUUUUUGUCCGCACGGCGCGCCCCGCAACAAUCAGCCGAACCGCGUUCGCCUCUUGCUUAUCGCCGGUCUCGCCAUGUGUCCGAUUCGGCACAAUAAUAAUUUGUUGUGUGUGUGUGGUGUCUGCUGUGUGUGUGUGUGUGUGUGUGUGUGUGUGUGUAUGUGUAUGUGUGUGUGUGUAUAUAUGUGUGUAUGUGUGUGUGUGUGUAUGCAUGCGCGCGCGCGCCUAAUGCCUAUCUAGCCGAAUAUUAUUAUUAGCGUGAAAUUAUAAUUAUUAUUAAAAAUGAAAUUUUCUAAUCGAAUGAUCCGACAUUCGACGAUUAUUAUUAAUAAUACUUACGCACGAUAGCGUCAUGUUCAGAAAUAUUUACAGUACCCACUAAAACAUUACUAAUAUUAUAAUAUUCACAAUUUGUUUAAUAUAAUUCAAUUUAUUUCAUGAAUUUUUCGUUAAACCGUUCAAAUCGAAAAACACACAAUAAUAUGAUAUACACCAGUAACCAGUUUUAUUAGCAUUACCUACGUUCUAUUGAAAGCCGCGUUUUCGCCCGGUACGCCUCUGCGUCUCGCUGGCGCACACACACCCGGCGUCCCGGGCGGCACCCGUUCAGUCGUCUCGCCGCCCUCCGCCUGCUCGUACGGAUUUUCCUUCUUUUCUUUCUGUCGUUCUUUUUUUUUUUUUUCAAUUCUUGUUUUUCUCUUCAAUCUCUUCUAGUUGCACGGAAAUACUAUGUGUCCGUCACCUCCGACCGUCGCAUAUCGUGACGUGUUCCUAAUCGUGCGCCUCAAAUACGCAUGUGGAAAAUGCCAUUGAAACCGGACAGUUCUUGACGGACUGCGGAAAUUAAAAGCCAGUAGUAAUUAAAAUAUAGUCACAUCAGCUGUUAUAAUAUAGCUGUGGUCGUUUCGGGUAAUGAUUAUUUUGAUAUUAUUGAUUCUACCCAUCCCCCCUCACAUAUGUACCGCCCACUUUUCGUCGAGAAUGAUCCUUACUACUCGACGAUAAUAUUAUUAUAGUAUUAUCUAUAAUAGAUCUCUUGUGAUAACGGAAUUUAUUAUUUUACAAUUUAAUACAUAUUAAUGUUAAUAUAUGUAAAUCUUAACAUGCAGAAUAUUUUCUAAUUAUAAUAUGUACUCGAGGUACUUGAAUUUUUCCCCCUCGGAUUUGGUCCAAAGGCGUGGUUUUCUGAAUAAUAUAUUCUUUUAUUAAAAUUAUUCUUUUUUAUAUACUUAUCGUUUUGUCAUAUUUUGUCUUUGUAAUGUCCGUCUUCAAUUGUUUAAAUACAUUUUUUUUUUCUGAAAACGUCCAUUUAAUUUUUACAAUAUAUAUGUUUUAUAGUUUUUGACUAUCUGCAAUUAAUAAAAAAAUAAACAAUAAUUACCUCGAUAAUUACUUGCUUACAUUUUUAUUCAGUAAGUAGGUACAUUUAAUGGUUAGGUAGGUAUAUUGGACCAAUAAAUUGGAUUAUUGAUAAAAUCAAAAUGUACCUACAUCUUUUCUUCACUAUUUAGCUAGGUAUUUUCAAAGAUUUUGUUUACAUCAAAUUGUAUUAAAUUUGUUUGGGAUAUACUUAUUGUUAUUUUUGAGACUCUUAUUUGUUAACCAGAAAAAAUAAACAAUUAUCUGCUUUAUACAUUAUUCUAUUAUUUAUUAAUACACAACCUACAAUCUAAUGAUACAAAUGUCUAGUUUAUAUUAUUUGUAAUUAAUACACCAUUGUAUCUUAUUUUUAAUUUUAUACACUAACAAUUACCUAUUAAAAAAAUAAUAAUAAUAUUAUUAAAAAUAUAUAUUUGUUAAAUCAUUAAUAUUUUGAUUACAAUGUAUUAAAAUGAACUUCUAUCAUUAUUAAGAAUUGAAUAUUUAUGAUGUUUUGUGUUCUGUUCAUCUGAUUUAUUUAACUAGUAUUCGAUACCUACUGGCAUUUGAGGGCGCAUUUUUUAAUAUUGACAAAACUUGUUUCUACAAAAUCAAGUAACAAAUUUGACCUUGUAUAUAUAUAUAUAUAUAUAUAUAGUAUAUUUAAAGGUUUUAUUCAAAUGUAGGUAUAUUUUUAACUACUUAUAGGUACCUAAUUAGGUUUUUUUUAUUCCAUAUUAUUCUAACAUAUAACAUAGAGGUCAAAGUUUUAUAGGUACAUAUUUUGUUGGGUUUUUUGGGGGAAACUACAUUUUGUUAAGGUUUUUAUCAUAUAUAUUUCAAAUAUUUUUAAGAAUAUAUAAUAUGUGUGUAUAUAUAUAUAAUUUGUAUACCUAUAUUUAUUUGAAGAUUUAUACCUAAUAAAUAUAUGAAUCAUAUAUCUAUUGGUAUUUCUGAGCAAAUUUCCUAUACAUUCCUAUCUUAAAUAAAGAAUAAGUAAUAGUUAAGUACCUAUUAAUAUAUAGUUUUUAAAACCAUAUACUUAACAAUAUCUUACAAAAUACAACACUACUUUGUUUCAGAAUAGUUGUUUUUGUUCAUUUUAUUUGUUUUGAAUACAAAAAUAAUCAGUCAACAAAUCUAAAAUAAUAAUCUUUUCCAAUAUGAUGCAAAACGGAAUGGAUUCACUAGCACAUAAUGGUUCAAUGCAUAACUCUAAUCCAAAUUCUCAUCUAUCACAAGGGAAUAAUAUGAAUGAAGAAAGCAAAACCAAUCUUAUUGUAAAUUAUUUACCUCAAACAAUGACUCAAGAAGAAAUAAGAUCACUAUUUUCUUCAAUAGGUGAAGUCGAAAGCUGUAAACUUAUUAGAGAUAAAGUAACAGGUAAGUUAUUUUAAAUUUAUACUUUAAUAAUAUACUUUAUCAUGCUCAUUAUUAUGUAUGAUAAUGAUACAAUACUUUUUGAUAUUUAUUUAUACUCAAAUUUACUUAGGUGUAGUUAAAAGUAUGUUAAAAAAAAUGUAUAUUAUAUACAUAAUAUCUGCAUAAUAUAAAUGCUAUUACUGUGUAGUAAAUAAUUAUAUAAAUGAAAUAAUUUUAAUACUUAUUAGGAAAUAUUGUAAAGGUAAUGUAGAUAGUCUUAAUUUGUUCCUACAAUAAAUUUGUAGUAAUUAUAAUAUAUUUAAUUGAAAAAAUGUUUAUAAUAUUACUAAACUAUUUUUUUAUCACCACAUUAAACAUGAUCAAAAUAUACCUAGGUAAAGUUUUUUUUCUGAAAAUCUUUUGUUUUUAUCUUAUGAUAUUAUUAAUUAAAAUUCUGUAUUUAUUUUUUUACAACAAAAAUAUGGCCAUUUUUAAAACACUUCUAUAUAAUUUUAAUUUGUCAAACACUAACUCGUACAAAUUACCUAAAAUUGAUUAGUUAACUUAAAUUAUUGACAUUUGUAUUGUAAACAAUGUGGUUAAGGAUUUUUUUUCACAUAGGUAUAAAUAGAAGAAAUAUAAUUUAAAUAUAUUAAAUAGUCCAUAGUUUAAAAUGUUGAAUUGUAUGUGUUAACAAUAUAUAAUAUUAAAUUUUAACAAAUGUAUAAUUAGUUUAAAGUAAUUGCAGAAUAGUACCUACCAAUUUGGUUAAUAAUUUCCAUUAAUAUUAGUUGAUAUGGUGAAUAAAUUUAUUUGUCUGUGAAAAGUAAAUGAAAGCCAGUGAAUAAGAUUCAUACAAAUUUAAAUAUAAGUGUACAAUGUUACAUUAUGAUCAUUUUUUUACUUAGUAUAAAACAACAUAAUAAAAAAUUGAUUUUAAAAAUAUGAUUAGAAAGUUCAUUAAAUGAUGAAUAAUAAAAGAAAUUUGAUUUUAUAUUUGGAAAAUAGAAUUUGAAUUCUUAACUUUUUUCACUGGAUCAUAUUAUAAAAUAUAUUUGAUAAAUUCAAUAAAUGAAUAUUACUAUAAUAAAAAAUAGACCCAAAACAAAUUGAAUGCCUUUGAUUUAGGGAUGGGUUGAUACCACUUUUUUUAUCGAUAUAUGGUAUUUCAUUGUAUUCUACCGAUAUUUGAAUUAAAGAACAUGAGUUAAUAUUGAAAUUAACUGAUAUAUUAAUUGAAAGUCCUAUUUAUUAAUAAAAUUUUCAUAAUCCAAUGGCAUAAUAGACAGUUUACUUAUAUUGUCAAAUAUUGAUUUUGAAAUAAAUAAAUCCUAAUAAAACCAAUACCACGAUAUCAAGUAUUGGUUUAUGUAUCAGUUCAUAGUCUUUAUUUCUUCAUUGUUUUAUAAUAUAUUCUUGUAGUAUACAGUAUGCCACUAAUUUAAAUACAAUUUUUAGUUCCUUAGUAAAUAUUAUAAAAAGAGUAAAAAAAAAAAAUAUGAUGUAUGCCUAUGUGUAUGUAUGUAUGUAUGUAAUGUGAUAUUAAAACUAUAAAUUACUGUUAUCAAGGCAUCAUAAUUAAUUUUAAUGUAGGUGUUAUUCCAAAGUUAUAAUAUAAUAAAGUUAAUUAUUUUUAAAUAACAAAAUGUUAUUUGUAAAUAAUGUUCUUUUAAUAAAAUAUGAUAUUGUAUACUCGAUAGCUAUAAUUUUAUUUUUGCAAUUACCUAACUAUAAUUAUUUUUUAAUUGUGUCUUUUCUUACACUUAACAGUUAUAAAUGGAUAUGGCUAUUUACAUAGAUAUAGAUUGAGGGGGGCUGUGGGGACCCAGUCCACAAAUCAUUUAACGCCCUUAAAAUUAUUUGAUAUUUUCCCUGAGUAUUUACAAACCUAAUUUAAGAAAAAUAAUUAUUUCAAUCCCCCCCCUAAAAAAAAGGUAAUUUAUCUCAAUUUAUGGGUAUUUAAUUAAAAUAAUAUUUAAAGGUUUAAUAUUAUUCUUUAAUUACCAGUUAAACCAAAAAAAGUAUAUAAAAAAGUAAUAGUUAGUAUUUAACUAAAAUAUUGAAAUUUAAUAUUAAUAUUUUAUCAAUUUUUAACCAACUAGUUUAACCUCAGUUAUUAUGAUAAGCAGUUUUUUUUUAAAUAAGUACCUAAUCUGUACAAUUUCCUUCUCUAUUCUCCCUUGUUCAAUAUUCACUUUAAUUAAUAAUUAUUAUUAUUCUAUGAAAUGAAAAAAUAUAUAAUAUAUUGUACCUGAUGGAGAUGUAUGUACAUGAUAUCUAUUAUGUAUGUACAUUUUUAUUUUUAUUUACCUAAGGGAAAAUGUUAUCUAAAUUCAAUUUGUAGUUCAGUCAAUUUUAAUAUUACACUAAAGUACCUACCAAAUCAUUUUAGUGUGUUGAUCUAAUUAUAAUUGUUAUACAUUUUAUUGUAGAGACUCCAAUAAAAUAUUUAAAUAAUUUUAAAAAUACAUUUUAUUUUGGUGAGUUUUAAGUGUAUACCUAUGUGUGAUUUUGUUUUAUUAUUCUUUGCAAAAUGUAUCUGUUCUUAUUAUUAAGAAUAUUUCAUCUAAAGUAUAAUUAUAUGUUGUAAAUACAUAUUUUAAACAUUCUAGUUAAAAAUUUAACAGAAUGUCUCCAAAAAUGAUUAAUAAAAAUUAAUUAAUAUUAUUAUUGUGAAUAUUCUCUAUAAUUUUAAAAUUUAAAACUCAGUAUAAUAUGAAUAUUGACUACUAAAUAAAUAAAUAUUAUACAAAUUGUCUUGUAUAAUUUUGGCUAUUAAAUUUAUUACAAAUAUUAAUUAUCUUAUUUACAUUUUAUGUAUUUUCUAAACUCAAAAAUAAAAUAAUAACUUUUUACUUAAUCAGUUAAUUUAUAUUACCUACAUAUAAUAUUAUGUAUAUUUUAAUAUAGGUAUAGUUUUCACAGUAUAAUAUUUUUAAAACAUUCUAGAAGUUUUUAAUUAUCUACAUCUUUAUUUAUAUAAUUUAAAAACAUAAUUUUAAAAUGUUUCAUUUAUAGAAAUAAUUUACUUUUCAUGUAAUUGUAUUUAAAAAAAUGUAUGCAAAUAUGAAAUAAUAAACCAACUCAUAAUAAGUAUCUUUUAUUUUUUUAUUUUUAUUUUUCAUGCCUUUUCACAGCAGGAUCUCUUCCAUCAGGUACUGUAAUGCAAUUCCUUGUUUGUUCUUCAUAUUGCAAUUUUAAAUUUAAUACCAGUUACUAUAUAAUUGUUUUUGUUCGUGUUUAUGUUUUUACUAUCUACUCAAGCUAGAUUAAAAAAAUAUAUAUAUUACUAAAAUAAUAUAGGUGUCUACCUAGUAUUUUAAUUUAUAAGUUAUGUUAGGUAUGUUUAAAGAAAAUUUUGAGUUUUUACAAAAAACCCAGAUAAUAUUGAUAUAAAAUUAACUAUUUUUAUGUUUAUUAUAAUUUUAUUAGUGAUUUUAAAGUAUAUAACAUUACUAUACAAACUAGCAUUAUUAUCCAGAUGCAAGUCUACUGUACAUUAUGAUUUAUUCUAUUUAGUUUUUUUAAUUUUUAAAAUGUAUACAAAAUGUUUGAUUUUCUAAACUAUUAAAUUUUAACUUUUAAUUUUUUAAAAACACUAUUAUUGUAUUUAGCACAUCUAGUAUUAAUGGAAUGGUGUAGAUACUAGAUAGUGAAUUAAUGACAAUCUUUUUAUGAGCUAAGGUUAAAUUAAUUAUUUGUGAUCUUAUAUUUUUUUUACCAUUCAAAGUGAGUGGAUUAUUUAUUCUUAAAAUGUUAUUAAUACUAUAAAUCGUUUUACUACACUUCUGAUCAUUUAUUUCUAAAAAUUGUUGAUUAGUAUAUUAUAAUAAUUAUUUUGCCUCAAUUCAUAUGAACAUUUAACAUACAUACAUACUCUGUGUACUGUAAUAUGAAUUUCAAGUUAACAAACAUUUUUUAAUAGGCUGAUAUUAUUAAGUUAAUCUGUGUGUGUUGUGUUGGAUUAUAUGUAGUGAAUAUCAUUUUUUUUUUUUUUAAUGAAAUUUUAUAAAAUUAUAUGAUUUUAUUUAUUCAUUAUUUUUCCCCUUUUUUUGAACAGGUCAAAGUUUAGGUUAUGGUUUUGUGAAUUAUCAUCGACCAGAAGAUGCAGAAAAAGCAAUUAAUACUUUAAAUGGAUUAAGAUUACAAAAUAAAACUAUUAAGGUACAUAUAACUGUAUUAUAUCUACCUAUAAUUAUUGUGAUAUUAAUUUAUUAGUAUAAAUUUCACUAGGGAGGUACUUUAGAGAGGUCAUUUUCGAUUUCCCCAAAGUUUUCCCAUCAAGUAUGCAAAACCAGGAUAAAACAAGGGAAAACUGGGAAAAUCUGUACAACAUUAAAAAAAAUAUAUAAAGCUUAUUUAAUUAUUUCACUAUAAAAUGAUAUAUAUAUAAUUGAAAAAACAUCACUAUCAACUGAACUUCGCUCAGAAUCGUUUUUUGUAAGCAAUGAUAAACCAUUACAAACCAAGUAUACAUUAAAUUAUCUAUAACAGUGGCUGUACCUAUCCCCAUUAUUUUAGGUUGUCUUUUGGAAAUUUAAUUUGGGCGAUUCAUAUUUCAUUUUUCUAUAUAUUGAGUAUUAUUGGUAACUUUGGUAACAAUGAAAAACAAACAAUGAUAAUUAUUAUUAUUUAAUUUAGUUGUUACAGGCAAGAAAGUAUAUUAAAAAAAAUAAUAAUAAUUACCUGGCAACAAUAAGGUGGAAACAUGGGGGGAGACACAGUUUUAUUUUUGUGUACAAUAAUAAUUUGCAGGAGUAAAGAAUAGGAUUGCUUAUAUAGAAUAUAAUUUUUUUUGUUUUUAGGUAUCUUUUGCUCGACCUAGUAGUGAAGCAAUUAAAGGGGCUAAUUUAUAUGUCAGUGGUCUUCCAAAACAUAUGACACAACAAGAUCUUGAAAAUUUAUUUAGUCCUUAUGGUCGGAUAAUAACAUCUAGAAUUUUAUGUGAUAAUAUGACUGGUGAGUUUAGUUUUGUAUACUUAUCAUUGAAUUCUUUAAAUUGAAAUAUUCUAAUUGAAAAAAUAUUACUGAUAUGUUCACAGUAAGACAAUUUGUGGGAAAUCCUGGGGAUCAUUCGCCGUGUAAGUCAUCGAUUUUUAUAACAUAAAUACUCAAUUUUUCAUUUUUAAUCAAAAAAACGUUAUAAAUUAUUAUUUUUUGAUAAUAGGUGGGGAUUAUUUAUAGUUGAAGAUCAAAUGAAAUAAUCAAAACAAAAAUGCUUCAUUCGAGAUUAAAUAGAAUUUUAUUUUGAAUGUAUUGGUGGGACCAGACCUUAUGAAAUGUUUAAUUGAUUAAGAUGGGUGGGUCACAAUUACACAUAGGGAAUCUUUUUUAAACAGUAUUUCCUUGUUGUACAUAUAUAUAAAAGAAUGUUCUAUUUACUAUGUUUGAAUACCUAUCUCACCUGGUAAAAUUUAUAUAAGGGGAGUAGGAGCAAUUAAACCAAUCAUCCAGUAUAAUGAAGUUAAAAUAAAUAUUAAAAAUUCAGCUAGCUAUUCAGUUGAACAAAAGAGAAAUGCAAUAUUUUAUUUUUUAAAAAUUGAUUUCUGUUUGUUUAACCUUAUCCAAGUAAUAAUAGUUAUUAUAUAUAUAAUAUAUCUCAUAUAUGACAUUAGUUUUACUAUUUGUAUAGCAUUAUUUUGAUUGAAAAUAUACAAUUUAUUACUUUAUAGGACAAACAAUUUUUAAUAUUGACUACUUAAUGCAUUUAAGUGGUCAAAUGUUUUAUACAAUAAAUUUACUACAAUUUCUUUUUAGCAAUUUCAAAAGGUGUUGGUUUUAUAAGAUUUGAUCAGAGAAUCGAAGCCGAACGAGCAAUUCAAGAAUUAAAUGGAACUGUUCCCAAAGGUUCCACUGAAUCUAUCACUGUAAAGUUUGCCAACAAUCCCAGCAGCAACAAAGCAGUACCUGCUUUAGCAGCUUAUCUAACUCCUCAAGGCGCACGGAGAUUUGCUGCUGGCCCUAUUCAUCACCCUACUGGGCGCUUCAGGUAUAUUCCACUCUCCCCUUUAUCCAGGUAUGAACAUUUCUUCUCUUCAUUUGUUUUACAGCAAUAUUAUUAGAAUGAAUUUGUUAAAACUUAAAACUUUUUGUCAAUUAAUUGAUUUGAUCAAAUAUAAUAUAAAUAUAUAGGGUAUCUUAAAUAAUUAUAAAAUUGAAAAAAAAAGAAUUUCAUUAAAAAUAAUAAUACAAUAAUUUACUUAUGACAUUUUGCAUCAAAUUGUAUAACAAAAUAUUUAAUCAUUAAAGUUCAUUAUUAAAAAAAAAAAACUAACACAAUUGUAAAUUUAGCAAACUAAUGUAUAAAAUUUUGCCUUCAUAAAAUGUGUACAAUUUAAGAUUCAUUUAAAUAUAACAUUGUUUGGACUUAGGAACAAUGUUUUUUCUUUUUAGAUUAUUUUUAAAUUUCAUAGAUUUGUUCAUUUAAAUAAAUUUGUUAAUUAGACAUUUCUAAAAAAAAAAAAACCAAUAUAUAUAUAUAUAUAUAUACAUAUUUAUAUAUUUGUGGUCUCUCAAGUGCUUUUCAUUUUAUGAAAUAAAAAUUAAGUUAGUAAUACAUUUUGAAUUCAAUAUUAUUCAAAUUAGCAUUUUAUUUAACUGUAGAUUAAAAGUAUUAAGCAAGAUCUCAUUUUACAUUGUAGUAUAAUAUAAUUAUUUACUUAAUAUGUUCUAUUUGUAUUUAAAGCUUUGAUUAAUUUUCAUUAAUUUUAGCAUGUUUAAAUAAAAGUAGUAUAUUACAUUUUUUUAAUCCUAUUAAAAUAGACUACUAUCAAUGUUAAUUAAAUACCUACUUUAUUUAUAAACUAAAUUGUCUAUAGUGAAUUUAGGUACAUAUUCAAUUAAAAAAAAAAAAAAAUUGUUCAUACAUUAUUAUGUUAAUAUUUUUAGAUAAUAACUGUUUUUCAAUAUAAUAUAAAUUAUUAAUAUUAAUUAAACAUCACUUUUACAUGUUUUUCAAUUAAAUUUUCCAUUGAAAAAACAAUUUUAUUUGCAUAACAGAUUUAUUAAAAGAAAAUUUACAAUUUUGAAUGGCAAAUAAUUAUAAAAAAGAUAAUAUUCUUUUAUAAAUCACUCAUUCUAUAAAAAUUAUAAUAUAUUUUUUUUCAUGAUACUUAGAAAUAUAAAUACAUUUUUUAUGUAUUAUAAUAUUUAUAAACAAAUAUUUACUGUUACAGUAUACUUAACAGCUAACCUUGGAUAUUAUACUAAUUGGAUGUUAUAAUAUUUUUAAUACCUAAUAAUAAUUUUGUUCAAUUGCUAACUGUUAUUAGACUGUUUACUGAACCUCUGAACUCUAAUUUUAUAUUAUUAUUGUUUGACUAAUAUCUUAAAAUUGCUGACUUAACAAAAGUUUAAUUUUCUAUAUUUGUGUAAAUAUCAAAACAAUUGUAUUAUUUUUUUUAACUAUAUUUUAAUGUAAAAUUGUUCUGAUUUUUAAUUUUUGAUCAUUAUUGAUUUGACAGUACCUAAGUUUUUAAUAAAAAAAUACAUUGUAAUACAUAAUACAUUCAUUGUUUAUUUUGUUCCAUACAAUUUUACAAAGUGUAGUAGUUCAUAAUUAUUUUUGCUGUAAAAUUGUAUUAAUUGUAAUGUGAAUAAGUCAUAGGUACUUUAUAAAAGUAUUAUUUAUAUACCAAUUCAAAAAAUAAUUUAUAGAAUUUUGAGGUGUUGAAAUGAUUGUAAUGUUCUUUAAGUUUUGUACAAGUAAUGAUUUUUAUUAGAGAAAAUAUUACUUCUAGUUAUAUUUCACAGUUUUCAAUAAUAAUAGUUGAAUUAACUAUACAUAAAAUUACUUUUAAAAAUAAAUAAUUAUUGCACAUUUUCAAUUAAAUGUUUCAUUUGUUUUAACUAUCAAAUUUAAAAAAGAAUAUUAUUAAUCCAUAAUUUUAAAGAACAGUACAACUAAUUAUGUAGUUAUUAGGGGGAGGAGGAUUCAGUUACAGUUGUGUGAUAGUUUUAAUUUAUCUUUAAUUAGGUAUACAUGUCUUCUUUUAGAAUUUUUUGUUUAAUAUUUAAAUGACCUCACUGUGAGAUUAAAAUAAAGGUUGUUAUGCAUUCAUAAAUUAAAUAAAACUUUACAAUUUGAAAUUUAAUUAUAUUUAAAUUAAUUCAGGGUAUUUAAAUUUAUUCAAAAACUAAAAAUUCUUAUAAGAAAUAGUAAUUUUAGUGAUAAUCAAAAUAAUUUUACUUAAAUUGACAUUAUUUUGUAAACCAUUAAAAAAUAUAUUUAUAUUUCUUAAUAAAUUAAGACUUGUCUAAAAUCAAAUGGAGAGGAGAAAUUGUUCAAACCAUUCCUGGAUCUGUAAUUAGUGUAAUUAGUAUCCAAUGGAUUGAUGUAACACGAGAUGGCAUAGGUAAUAUAUUUCCAAUUAUUUGUAUUUAGUGUGGAUGAGUACUUUAAAUAUAUUGCUGAUAGGAAGAAAUUAUUUGAAUAGAAAAACCUGUAACCUUAUUUGUGCAUAUAGAACAUAGCAAAACAAAGCUAAUGUUUCAUGUCCGAAGGAGGGGGUGAUAUGCAUGUAGAAAUUUGCUUGUAAAAAAAAAAAAAAAAACAUAAUUUAUUCCUUUUUAAGAUAAUAUUAAUAUGUUUUAAAAGUAAAGUAUUAUUACUAUUAUUAUUAUUAUUAUUAUUAUCAUUUUUUUUUUUUUUGUGAAUACUUGUUUGGCAUUAUUCGGUUUAUUUAUCAUGAAUAUAAAUAUAAUGUAUAUAAAUGGAUAUUUGUAAACUUAACUUAUACCUGUUUCAUUGAUAAAAGUAUAUAGUAGAAAUGUUAUGAAGAAAUUAUAAGAAUAUUUAUUGAACAGAAUUAUUUGUUUAUUAAAAUGCUACAAUAUUCUUCCUUCCAUUUAUUUUCAAGGAUAUUUUUCUGUUUUUCAUAAAUAAAUAACCGAAUAAUAUUAUUUUACAAUGUGUUAAAAACUUGUUCCUACCUCCUUUGCCUUUUUUUUACCUUUAUUAUUCAAAAUACAAAUUAUUACUUAAUUGAUUAGACCAGCAUUAAGACCUUUUUUUUUUUGGAACUUAAUAUUUAAAACUGCCGCUCGUUGUACAUUUUUUUUUUAUACAUAUUUUAUUGUUUUUUUUUUUUAUACAUAUAUACAUAUAUUUAUAUAUAUAUAUAUAUAUAUAUAUAUAUAUGUAUGUAUAUAUGUAUAUGUAUGUUUAUUUUUUAUUUUUAUUUUGUUUUAGCACUGGAAAGACCAUGCUAGCCAUAAACAAAGGCUUACAGAGGUCAGUAUAGUUUCUUUAAUCAACCUCCUAAAUCAUAAAAUAUAAAUUCAUUAUGAACAAAUUUUAAUUUAUUAUAAAAUAAUAACAAUAAGUAAUGUUAAAAACCCAUUGGCAAUAUUUAAUUAAAACAUUUAACACCUUUUUUUUUUAAUGGCUAAUUUUUUCAAAUAUUUAAUUAAUUUGUUUUUAUAAACUCUUAAACAUAAUUUAACAUUUUAAAGUAGUUGAUUUUUUGACUCAGUGUUUCCCAACCUUAUUUACUCUAAACUUCCGUUUUGAUUUUUAAAAAUCUCGCUGUUCCAUAAGUUUUUUUAAAAAAAAUACUGAUGAUUUUUGUUGGUUAUAUUGGGAAAUGGGCAAAUAUAGAUAAUAAUAUAAUGUGAAGUUAUAUUGUUAUAUUAUGUCCAAAUUUUAUACCUAUAUAAUAAUAUAUGUUGCAUUUAGUAGGAUUUAGUGGAUAUUUUUAUUGUACAGUUUAAAUGUAAUAAGUGAUCAAUCAAUUUAAGUGUUAUAAUAGCCCAAAAAAUUAAAAAUUCUUAAAAAGGGAUGGUAGUGUUCACGUUGGGAAUCACUGAUUUAACUAUAGGCUUAACAUUUGGAACUAUACUAUUGUUUUACAAAUAGUACUUUUAAUACUUAAUUCAUACAUAGUUAUAGUGAUAUGAAAUACUAAAAAUAAAAAUAUGUCUUAAAUAUUAUUAUUUUAAUAAAAACAAAAUAAUCACUAUUACUUUUUAAUUUAGCCUAGAGAAACCUUAUGCAAUAGCUUAAAUUUAUUGUAAUUAACAAAAUUGUAAAAAAGAAAAAAAACAUACAAUUGAAUAAUUUUAUUUCAUUUAUAAUGCUAACAAAAAUAAAUACUACUCCUUUUAAAGAGAUCUUAGUUUCCCAUCAAUUCCUUUUUUUUAUUUAUUUAUUUUUUUUUAAUGUUUUUACUUUUCUGUUUAAUAAUAUUUUACUUUGAAUUAAAAGAUUUUAAGUUUAUUUGUUUUUUUUUGUGUUAUUUUGAUAUGGCUGACACUUUACCAUGGGUGGAUUACUGUUUUAGGGGGGAAGUUGGGAAGGUAGGAUGCUUAGAGUAAUUUAGUUUAUAUGGGUAUGCAAUGAUAAAUCUUUCUUGAGGAUAAAUGAUAUUGAUUUGUUUAAACAUGUUUUUUGAAAUGCCAUAAUUUUUAGUAUAAUUAUGCAAUUUCUAAUUAUAAAAUAAAUAAAAAAUGUCUCUGAUUUAACAAAUCAUAAUUUGAUGUUUUUAUAAAGAGCUGAAUAUAUUUUUACAUAUUUAAACAUAUGUUUUAAAUGUGAAUUAUGAAAACUAACAAAAUUUGAACCUUAAACCCUUAUCAAAAAUAUCAUGACUACAUUUUCGGUAUUUUUAUAGUACCAUAAAAAAAAAAAUUGUGGUAAACCUUGUAUCAUAUUUUUGAGAAGCUAACAAAAUUUAAUUUCACCAUUAGACUAAUAUAAUCUAUAUAUAAUUAAAACCAUCAGAAUAUUAUGAAAAUAAUAGGUUCACAUUUAGAAAUGGCUAAUAUAAGUAUUAGGUAAAAUAAUCAGUUCUGAACAGAAGUUGUUAUUACAUAAAUAUUUUAUUUAUUCUUCUUAUUAUAUAAAGUGUAAACUAAAAGAAAAACCCAAUGCAUCAAUUACAGUACCUCAUUUAUAAUACUCACUGUGGGACCAGCACAAAGUGAGCCUUAUAACUGAAUUAAUCUUAAAAAGGAAGUAGGGAAAGGAUAGAAUGUAUUUGGUUUUAUCCAGACCAUUACAAGUAAUUUUGAGUCUUACAAGCAACUGAAUCUUAUGAGUAUUCAUUGUAUAUACUAUUUUCUAGGAGAAACCCUCCCUUAAGUUGAUGGUUGUUCAGAAUAAAAAAGAACUACUGUAAAAUUGGAUAAAAAGUAUUCUUUGCUAUGUUCAGUAUCUAAAAUAUAAUAUAAUAUAAACAUAUUAUUUACAGAUUAUAUUAAGAUUGUAUAAAGACAUCUAUUUAAGGUACACACUGUUGUAAUAAAUGGUACCUAUGGUGGUGGUGCUGAUAAAAUUUGCUGUUUAUUUUAUAAUAUUGCUUUACAAUGUUAUCAUUAUCAUCACUGUAUUGUUUUACCAUACUCCUCAGAGUAAUAACUGUUUUUUUGUUUUAUCUAUAUUAAUCAGGUAACUUAUAAAUCAACAAAAAUAAUUCAAUUUUCGUUUUAAAAAUUUGAAAGACAUUGUGUAGAAGUUAAAUUUCGGAAAUCUGAUUUAGAGGUGUACAGGUUUUGAUAGUCACAGAAAAACAACACUUCCUUUUUUGUUGAUGUAGAUUAAACAGUAUUUCAUACUAAUUAAUAAUUUACAAUAAAAUAUGUUAAAUUAUAAAAUUAUAACCCUUGUAAUUUCAUCCAUUGUAAAAAAAAAAUAUUUUAACUUUAUUAAACAUAAAUAAAUUUGGUUUUUCUUUUUAGAUAUUCUCCAUUAGCCGGUGAUUUAUUAGCCAAUUCCAUGUUACCUGGAAACUCAAUGAAUGGAUCUGGUUGGUGCAUAUUUGUGUAUAACCUGGCACCAGAAACAGAGGAAAAUGUUUUGUGGCAACUUUUCGGUCCAUUUGGUGCUGUACAGAGUGUGAAAGUAAUCAGGGAUUUGCAAACAAACAAAUGCAAAGGAUUCGGGUUUGUUACAAUGACUAAUUAUGAUGAAGCUGUGGUCGCCAUUCAAUCUCUUAAUGGUUAUACGUUAGGCAACCGUGUACUUCAAGUAUCAUUCAAAACCAAUAAAGGUAAAAAUGACAUUAGUGAUUUAGAAUUUUUAUUACAAAAUAAAAUUUAGUAAAAAUUAAUAACAAACAAAUGCUAUCCUGAUGAUUGAUAGUUCAGUGUUGAAAAAAAAGUUAUGUGCAAAUAAAUUAAUACGCGAGACCAUUGUAAUAAUUUAAAUGUUAUAAUUUUUAGGCAAAGGAGAUGCAUCCAGUUUGUUAAUGUCUCUUGCUGAUUCAUUAACUGACUGUUAA